AUGUUUGCAAUGGCAAAAGAAGACAACAACAAACUAAAACGACACAGGAGGUUAGGACUUGAGCCCCCCCGUCGUGCUGCCACCUUGUUGUGGUGGAGAGGCUUGCGUGUCCUAAUGACCUCCAAGGCUAUGCCGGAUAGGGUCUCCCAUACCGGACAGGCUCGGAGCGAGGGACCAGACGAAGAGCAGCACAAGGAGGGGCUCUCCGUG